AUGUCUACUGGAGCGUUUAGUCGAUUAUUUAAUUCAAGUAUAAAUAUAUUUUUCAAACGAUUUGGAGUAUCAUUAGUGAACACUUUAUUAAUUUAUACAAUAUCAUUAUUAUUUGUUCAAUUACCAACAUUAUGGAAUGUAAUAAUGACAUUAGGAAAAGAUAAUGAACGAUCUAGAUUACAAAAACGAAUUCGUGCACAACUAACAGUUCCAUCGGAUCCAUCAUCACCGUAUCGUGCAGUUGAAGUUCUCCAUGAACUUCGAACUACACCUAAUGAAUAUAUUACAACUUUGGCUGAUAUACCUGAUUAUGCCAUUCAACGUUAUGCUGAUAAAGAGACACAAGGUGUUCGAGAAAUUCUUGAUGUAGAAGAUGAAAAACAACCAAAUGGUAAAAUAUUUAAAAAGUUUAUAUUGGGUGAAUAUAAAUUUACUACUUAUCGUGAAACAUACAAGCAUAUUGAAGGUUUUGGUCGAGGUUUAUUAUCACUUGGUGUUAAAUCAGGUGAUAAAAUUUUAAUUUUUGCUGAAACACGUCCUGAAUGGUUAUUAACUGCAUUUGCUGCUUUUCGGCAUGGUUUAAUUGUUGUAACACUUUAUUCAACAUUAGGCGAAGAAGCUGUUAAACAUGGCAUUAAUGAAUCUGAAGUAUCAAUUAUUAUAACUUCCUAUGAAUUACUUUCAAAACUUGAUAAAACAUUAGAUCAAAUUAAAACCGUUCGUCAUGUGAUUUAUUUUCCUUCAAUUACUAAAUCACAAACAAUAAAAUUACCUAACGAUAAAAACAAUAUUCACUAUCUUUCAUUAGAACAAUUAGAAGAACAAGGAAGAAAUGCAAAUAUUAAUGAAAAUAUUUUACAACAACGACCAAAUAAAACAGAUAUUGCUGUUAUUAUGUAUACAAGUGGUAGUACUGGAACACCGAAAGGUGUAUUGAUAACACAUGAAAAUAUAAUUGCUGCAGUAACUGGUGAACAAGAACGUGGCUUUCGAACGAUCGAUGUUAAUAAUGAUAUAUAUAUUGCGUAUUUACCAUUAGCUCAUAUACUUGAACUUUGUUGUGAAAUUCUUAUUUAUUAUAUGGGUGUUAAAUGUGGUUAUUCAUCUCCACAAACAUUAACAGAUCAAUCAACAGCAAUAAAACGUGGUCAAAAAGGAGAUUUACAAGUUCUUCGACCACAUAUUAUGUGUUGUGUACCGACAAUUCUUGAUCGUAUUCAUAAAGCUGUAAAUGAAAAAGUGAAUCAAUCCAAUUUUUUUCGACGUCAUUUAUUUCAAUUAACAUAUAAAAUAAAAGUUAAACGUCUAGAAGAAGGUCUUGAUAGUCCAUAUUUAAAUAAAUUAGUUUUUAAUCGUUUAAAUGAAAUGGUAUUAGGUGGCCGAGUUAAAUCAAUGAUGUGUGGUGGUGCUGUUUUAAGUGGUGAAACUCAACGUUUUGUACAAGCAGCACUUUGUAUAACACUUUUUCAAGGUUAUGGUCUAACUGAAACAUGUGCAGCUGCAACUAUUGCUGAUGAACAUGAUACAUCAGUUGGUCGAGCAGGUUAUCCACUUGUUUCAUGUGAAAUUCGUUUAGCUGAUUGGGAAGAAGGGCAAUAUCGAAAUACGGAUAAACCAAAUCCACGAGGAGAAAUACUUAUUGGAGGAAAAAAUGUCGCUCAAGGUUAUUAUGGUAGUGCGUCAAAUGAAGAUAGUAAUUUUAAAAUCAUUGAUGGUACAAGAUAUUUUUGUACUGGUGAUAUUGGAGAAAUAUUUCCUGAUGGAAUUGUUAAAAUAAUUGAUCGAAAAAAAGAUUUAAUAAAAUUACGCGCGGGUGAAUAUGUUUCAUUGACAAGAGUUGAAAUGGCUAUAAGUAAAUUUUGUAUUAUUGAAAAUUGUUGUUUAUGUGCAUCAUCAUCAGCUGAAUAUACAGUUGUCCUAAUUUGUCCGAAUUCUAAACAAAUAACUAGUUAUUCAGAAAAGCAUUUUAAUGAAAAAGAAUGGCAAAAAUUAGUUGAUAACGAUGAAUUUAAUGAACAAAUUCUUAAAGAUAUUCAAGAUAUAUGCCAAAAAAAUGGUAUUGAAAAAUUUGAAACUCCUCAACGUAUUAAAAUAAUAACGGAAUUAUGGACACCUGAAACUGGUCUUGUUACUGAUGCACUUAAAUUAAAACGUAAAGCAAUUGAAGAAAAAUAUUAUAAUGAUAUUGAAAAACUUUAUCUUGAUAAACCAAAAAAAAAGAAAUUAUUAAAUGAUUCAUAG